CCAGGUUUUGUUUGAGUGCACUACCUUGAGCAGUGGUGAAAAAUGCUCACUUUGGGAAUAUCGAGAUUUUAAGGUGUACCUGAGACUGUGGUAUGCACAUGUAAAAGAGUGGGAAAGAAAGAUCUGUAUACUCUAAUCCAGCCCCAUGGAAGCUAGCAACGAUGUGGCGCUCGAUAUUGUCGUUACCAACGUCGUAUCAGUCUUCAGGACGAGGUGUCAUCUGAACCUACGCACCAUUGCGUUAGAAGGAACCAACGUCAUAUACAAACCUGAAGUUGGGAAAGUUCUGAUGAAGCUACGGAAGCCGAAGAUCACUGCAUCCAUAUGGUCUUCAGGGAAAAUUAUUUGCACUGGAGCUACAAGUGAGGACGAGGCUAAGCUGGGUGCUCGGAGGUUAGCUCGCUGCCUGCAGAAAAUCGGCUUCAAGGUGAGGUUCUCCGACUUUAAGGUUGUGAACGUGUUGGCUGUCUGUUCCCUGCCUUUUCAAAUCCGUCUUGUUGAAUUCACCAGAAACAACCGUCCCAUUGCCAGUUACGAGCCUGAGAUCCAUCCUGCAGUAUCAUACAAGAUCAAAAACCUCAGGGCUACAGUGCAAAUUUUCUCUACUGGCAAUAUCACCAUUACAGGACCAAAUGUCCAGAGCGUUGCCUCUGCAGUGGAACAGAUCUACCCUCUACUGUUUCAGUGUCAGAAAACACACACACAUAUACACGUCGUUUGAAAGAGAAGAGCACCUUAUCAGUGAAUGUGGCUUUUACCCAUUGUACUGUAUAUCCGAUAGGCAGCUUCCACCUUGUUAUAUAUGACACUGGACAGGGCUGGUCAUGUGGUUUGAAAAUGCAUGCGUCCUCCCGCCCACCUGAGAUCUGAUUGGCCUCCCCCCCCCCUUCACGUUUGAUUGGCACUUUUUCCAGAGAAAGUCUUCAGAACACUUCCAUGUGUCUUCAACGUUUUGUAUUU